UCAGCCCACAUAGCCCUGAGUUCACAAUUCUCUGCCUCUAGAAGACACCCCAUCCCCUCGGAAGCCAUUUUCACAGCCCCAGCCGGAACAACCCCUUUGCCACCCUACCGCGGGCGAUGGGAUGAGUGUGGGGGGUGCUAGGGUUGCCAGCUGGCCAGUUGUCGUGCCGCCUUGCCAGCUAAAAGAUUUAACGUACCAGGAUUUUGUCUUUUCACAUUAGAGCACUCUGCAGUUCUCGCCUCUGGAGUCCAGACUGUAGUGCCGGGCUAGCAGUAAGGUCGCAGGAGGAGCAGGCGCUGGGCGAAGCAGGAAUUUCCCAGGCAUGCGGCUAGUGCUUUUCACCUCACCUUAGAUCGUCACCAGAGAACCAGCGUUAGGGGCACCGGGUGAAGCACGGCCGGCAGCUCAGCGUCAUUGCAGCUGGAAAACCCGAGUCCCUCUGUAACGUGUCCCGUGAGCUGAGGCAAUGCACCGCCAGGACCCGAGGGGGUCUGGAAACGCCAGGUGUGAGAUCACAAUGUCUCAUGGCAACGGGCAACCCCACUACCAUGUCGCUGAGCCCACAGGGGAUGUGUACCUGGCCAGGUUACUCUCCUGUCCCCAACCGCUGAGCGUGGAGACCCUGCAGGAUGUGUGGGAUGCGCUGGAGACUCAGGGAGUGCUGGACGAGGAGCUGGGAGCCUGCUUUGAGCGGGCCCUGGCGGAGUUCCCCCGGGAGCCCCCGUGUGUGCAGAACAACGCAGAGAUGGUGAUCCAGAGCGACGAGAUGGAGCUGACGUUCCUCUCUGGGAAGGGCAAAUGUAAGAUCAGGAUCUCUGACAACGGCACCUGCUAUGAGGUGAAAGAGCCAACGGCCCGGGUGUACCUGGCCAGGUUAAAGUCCCGUCCCCAGAAGCUGAGCACCAAGUCUCUGCAGGGUGUGCGGGAUGCACUGGAGAAGUGGGCGUUGCUGGACGAGGAGCUGGGAGCUUGCUUUGAGCGGGCCCUGGCUGAGUUCCCCCGGGAGCCCCCGUGUGUGCAGAACAACGCAGAGAUGGUGAUCCAGAGCGACGAGAUGGAGCUGACGUUCCUCUCUGGGAAGGGCAAAUGUAAGAUCAGGAUCUCUGACAACGGCACCUGCUAUGAGGUGAAAGAGCCAACGGCCCGGGUGUACCUGGCCAGGUUAAAGUCCCGUCCCCAGAAGCUGAGCACCAAGUCUCUGCAGGGUGUGCGGGAUGCACUGGAGAAGUGGGCGUUGCUGGACGAGGAGCUGGGAGCUUGCUUUGAGCGGGCCCUGGCAGAGUUCCCCCGGGAGCCCCGCUGUGUGAAGCGCAACGCCCGGAUGGUGAUCAGGCAUGAGACCAUCGAGCUGGUGUUUGUGUCAGGCCAGGGGGAGUGUGAGAUCACUGUGUCCGAAGGUGACAGGGAGCCCGGCUACAAGGUGAAGGAGCCCACGGUGACGGUGUAUCAGGAGAGGUUACGCUCCCGCCCACAAAGGCUGAGCGUGGGGAACCUGGAGAGAAUUCGCCACAGGCUGGAGUCCUGGGAGGUGAUGACCAAGGAGCUGAGAUGCUGCUUCGAUCUGGUGCUGAGGGAAUUCCCCAAAGAGCCGGAGUGCGUCCGGGAGAACCCCGGGAUGUGCGUCGUCUGGGAUGAGACGAAGCUGCGGCUGGUCUCUGAAGAUGGGGACUGCGAGGUCUCCGUGACCUGCUGUGACGGGAAACCCAGCUACGAGGUGAAGGUGAAGAGCUGGGUGAUGUAUCGGGAGAGGAUGCGUCUCUCUGAACAGCCACUGAGCACUGAGAACCUGCAGAGCAUGCGGGGAGAGGUGCGGGGUCUGUCAGGGGUUCCCGAGAAGGUCAAGGAGGCCUUGAACGUGGCUGUUAGGGAUUUCUCCGCUGAGCCGGGCUGCCUGCAGGAGAAUGCCCGGCUGGUCAUUGAGUGCGACAGGGGCGAGAUGGUCUUUGUCUCCGGGAAAGGGGAGAAUAAAGUGGACGUGUGCAUCAUCGAUGGGAAGGUCAGUUACAGCGUCGCAGCCACCAAGUGGGUGGCUUUCCUUAGGGUGUUCCUGAAACUACUCCCCAAGAUGCCCGAUUGCUUGCUGAAGCUCAUGCCCGGCUUAGCCCAAUUCCUACUAAUGCUGUUGGGUUGACUGGCCCAGACCCCACUCACAUCCCUGAGCUGGGGACAGAGCCCAGGCACAGACACGCGACCCCUGGAUCUGCCCCAGCCCCACCUCCACUCCACCCCUUCCCCCAAAGCCACACUCCCACCCUAGUCU